AUGGAACGCUUGUCGCCCUGCGCGGCAAUUUGCUUGCUGGUGCUUGCGACGUUUCACAGCCGGCAUGUUUGUACCGUCUAUCAAGGGCGUUACACGCGCGCCGCCGAACUACCGGACGGACACGAGCUCGUGAUACCGCGGAAGGUCAGGUCGGACGGGAGUUUCGUGUCUCAUCGGAUACCUCAUCACUUCGGCCGCUUUUUCUAUCAAAAUCGAACGACCCCCGAGAACGGCGACGAUGCUGUGCACUACCGUCUGCGUAUCGGUCACGAGGAGCAUCACAUCGUGCUCCAUCCGAAUCACCGGCUUCUCGGCCCGGGCGCGGUAAUCGAGGAGUAUCGAGGAUCGCGGGAUUUUUUGGAUAACACGAAAUUGAAGCGAGUGCGGGACACGCAGUGCCACUAUCGAGCCCGUGUGCGCAACCAUUCGGAAGAUAGCGCUCUGUCCACCUGUUACGGACUCGUCGGAUACAUCAAAACGAAGAGCGCGUGGUAUAUGAUUGAGCCAGUGGCUGGGCAUGACUUCACCAAAGAAACGGAGCAACCGCAUAUCGUGUAUAAAAGGAGUCCAGGCGAGUUUCAGCGCGCCAUCGCUGCGCGAGAUCUCUGCAACGUCACUGGCGAUACGUCCAGCAUCGUCGCCAAGCGCGCUCCGAAUCCGCGUAAGAGAGUGCCCGCAAAAUCGAACGGGAGUAAGUCGUACACGCUGGAGCUACUGGUCGUGUUGGACAAGUCUCUGCUGGAUUAUCACAGGAAGUUCGACGCCGCGGCUUUAUUUCACGACGUCAGUCUGGGCGUGCACAUGCAGUUGGCUGUAGUGAGAAUUAUAAGACUAGAAGUGGAAGAAAACGAGAUGAAUCUGUCGAUAAACCAAGACGCGGAUACGACAUUGAGGCGUUUCCAAGAGUGGCAGCGUGCUAUGAAUCCCGGCGAUGAUUCUCAUCCGAAUCACCACGAUUGCGCGCUUCUCAUUAGCAAGUUAGACAUUUGCGUCUCUCGUGAUCUCUGCGGCUUCACCGGCACGUCCACGAUCGCCGGUACAUGCGACGCUACGAAAGGCGCAGCCAUUGUGAGAGACGCCGGUUUACCGACCGGUUAUCACAUAGCUCAUCAGAUAGGCCACACCCUAGGUAUGUCCCACGACGUGAGACAGGAGAACGGCUGCACCGGUAUAGUUUAUCAUCACGGGAACGGAUACGCGGAGACCACCGUUAUGCACCCCGGCGACAUGUACGUCACGAAAAAAUGGUCCGAGUGCUCCCGGCGCUACCUGCGCUUCUACAUCGAGCAGGGUCUGGGCUUCUGUCUGGAGGACGAGCCGCAGGAUCAUCAUUUCCCGAGCAUGGAGAUGUUGCCGGGCGUGAUGUACAACGGCGAUGAUCAAUGUCGCUUGCGAUAUCGAACGGAUGCCCGGCAGUGCGAUAUGGGAAUCACCUGCGAAACCCUCAGGUGCGCCGUGCCCGGCAGAGGUUGCGUGUCCGCGAGGAAACCACCUGCGGAAGGCACCCCGUGCGGCGAGAAGAGGUGGUGUUACCAGAUGAAGUGCCUGAUGGUGGGUGAACGACCCGGAGUCACGGACGGUGGUUGGGGCGCCUGGUCGUCUUGGAGCAGAUGUUCCCGGACUUGCGGCUCCGGAGUGGCGUACGCCGUAAGAAGGUGCAACCAGCCGUCCCCGUCCGGAGGUGGCUCUCACUGCGUCGGCGACAGGAAGCGUCACAGAAUCUGCGCCACGGACCCGUGCGAUAUCAGUGCGCCGUCAUUUCGCGACGCACAGUGCGCCGAAUUCAAUGACUGGGUGUUCCCGGAAGACGGCAAGAUUCAUCGUUGGAUGGCAUACAAUUUGCCGGAAGACUUGAGAGCGUCCGAGAACCCCUGCGCCCUUUACUGCCUGAGCGAGACCAAUCUGGUAACGUCGCUGAGGCCGAAAGUGGUGGACGGCACCACAUGCUACCGAGGCAUUCGAGAUAUUUGCAUCGGGGGUGUGUGCAGGGAGAUACCCUGUGACCUGAAUAUGGAGUCCACAGCGGUCGAAGAUGUUUGCGGCGUUUGUAGAGGCGACAGCACGUUUUGCACGUUGAAGCAGGGAACCUUGUCGUUUACGGCGCAGUCGCGACUCAAGAAAAUAACGGACGUGCCGACGGGCUCCAGGAAUAUCCGUGUCGAAGUGGCGGAACCGACCAAAUCCAGAAUCGUCGUGCGCACCAAGAACACGAAGACCGUGCUGAUCGACGGUAACCGUCUAGGAAUGUUCGACGUGCCGGGCUCCAAGGCGUGGCUAGGAACGAUAAGACCGAGGCAGGAAGCUUUGAACAUACCCGGACCUGUCACCGAGGACUUGGUUAUAUUGGUCUUACCAAAGGAGAACGUCACGUUGAAAUACUCGUUAGGACUGAAACGACGUACUGCUCGUAAACCCGUGUUCUCCUGGGACUUUAUCGACUGGGAGAAGUGCUCGGCCGGCUGUGGCCCGGGCGAGCAGAUAUCGAAACCCCGUUGCAUCGAGAAAAUCGGCGGACUGGUGGACGACAGCUUCUGCGACCACCUCGCUAAACCGGACGUGAAGGUUAGACCGUGCAACGAGGCUUCUUGCGUGCCGCGGUGGAUCAUCGGCGACUGGCAAGGCUGCGCGCCGUGCACGCCAGGCUGCAAGAGGAGGCGCGCUGUCAAAUGUAUACGACCUGUCGGCCGUGGUGAGCAGGAUGUCGACGUGAUCGAGGACAGCCACUGUCAGGGACCAAAGCCAAGGGAGUCGGAGUCCUGCGGCAGCCGACGAAGACGAGAAAACGCGAACGCUGCCGCCGACGGCAAACAGCCGUUUCCCGCUCGCUCGAGCCUGCUAACGCGACAAAACGACUUCAUUAAAGUCGCUCGAGAUCCCGCCAAGGCGGCUUCACGCCACGUCAUAGAAGACCGAUGUGAUCGCGACGAACUCUCGUGGGCAGAACGAGAGAACACGUCUAGUGUUCUCUCCCGUUCGAUCGACGCCAGGAGCGUCAAUGCACCUUCAAACACGAGGACAGGCCUAAUUCUGUCGAACGACUUGAGAAAUCCGACGAAGUCUCGCGAGGACCGUCCACAGUUGGAUAAAAGAUCGGGAAGCGUUGUGAGGGACGAUGAGCAAGAAGUCAGUGCGAGUGAGAUCAAGAAGGGCGAAGUAGUGGUUGACAAGGAGGACAUCCGGAAUCUGACGCUCACGAUUGUUCUGGAACGAGACGACCAGAACAUCGUCACGAACUUCCCGAAGGACUUUGAGCCGCAGCCUCCGGCGAAUGGCACGGAAUUCGUCCUGCACGGUAUGGACGCCCUUAGGUACAUACAGAGGAUCCAGGAGGAAGCGCGCACGUCAUGACUUGACGUUUCGCGGCGCCAGAUCGAUAGCGCGAACAGUCGUGGAACGAAACUCUCGGGACGGGCUUCCUCUUGACUGCGAAGGGGAGAAAAAGGGAUUUAUCACCGCGCGCGAGGCGCACACGCGAGUGUGCCGAUUACUCUCUCGCGAGGGAACUUUGCUCUUGGUGUCUUCAGCACGGGCGCAGAGUGAAAAGGCGUGCGGAAGAUGAAUUCGCGUCGAUUCGAGCGAUCAGCUGCGCGAUCCGUCAGCGGGAUUUUUACGCGUCGUUGAAUAACGGGGCGGCGUGGAUGUGCGUCGUCCUCACGAGGAACAAGCGCGCACAGAUUGUCCCGGAUCGCUUCCCAAAGCGAUAAAAACAAUCGUUACGUUAUACGACCGAAUUAUACUUACGCGGGGCCGCGGCGGGGGAGGGAACGCGCGUGCUUUUAUAUUGGACUUUAACGAUCGCGCCGCGGAAACUCGCCGCGGCGUGCGCAUGACGAUUGCGAUGGGAGUCGCGGUGCGAGAUUAAUCGGCCGAUUAAAUCAGCGACGGUGUUUAAGUCCGACUAACACGGCUGUAAUUGACGGCGAAGCGGCGACGGGUAUCCCGUGCGAGCGGCCGAAGAUAAUCUCUCAAUAUGCGGCCGCGCGCGAACCAGCGACAUAAAUUACACCUGAACGCCACGCGAGAGGA